AUGCCUGAAAAUGCACAGAAUAUCGCAGUUACAGAGGCUAGUGCUGACGCCGUAGAUAUGUUGGCUAAGGAAGCUGAAGAACUACGGAAAAAAUUGGAAACUGAACGACAAAAACUUAAUGAUGUUUCAAUUGAACAAGCUGCGGAAAGGUUAGAAGCUUUAACUCAACUUAAUAUCAAGCAACGGCGCAUUUUAAAAGGUCAUGCUGGCAAAGUUUUAUGCAUGGAUUGGUCAUUAGAUAAACGACAUAUUGUUUCAUCUUCCCAGGAUGGUAAAGUUAUUGUUUGGGAUGGUUUUACAACAAAUAAAGAACAUGCAUUGACCAUGCCAACGACAUGGGUAAUGGCUUGCGCAUAUUCUCCUAGUGGACAAAUGAUUGCAUGUGGUGGCCUCGACAAUAAAUGUUCUGUGGUACCACUUAGUUUUGAAGAUGAUAUUCUGCAAAAACGACGUUCAGUUGCAACUCAUACUAGUUAUAUGUCGUAUUGCAUGUUUUUACGGUCUGAUAAUCUGAUGCUUACUGGCAGUGGAGAUUCAACUUGUGCAAUAUGGGAUGUAGAAAGUGGUCAGAUGAUUCAAAAUUUUCAUGGUCAUACAGGCGAUGUUUUUGCAUUAGAUGUGCCCAAAUGUGAUACUGGAAACAUUUUUAUUUCUGGAGGGGCUGAUAAACAUGCCCUCGUCUGGGACAUACGAACUGGGCAGUGCGUUCAAAGUUUCGAAGGUCAUGAUGCAGAUAUCAAUACAGUUCGAUUUCAUCCAAAUGGUGACGCAUUCGCAACUGGAUCCGAUGAUGCAUCGUGUCGUUUAUUUGAUCUCAGAGCAGAUCGUCAAGUAUGUGUGUAUGCUAAAGAAUCUGUUUUGUUCCCGGUUAAUGGAGUUGAUUUCAGUUUAAGCGGUCGAAUAUUAUUUGCUGGUUAUGGAGAUUAUCGUGUUGGUAUAUGGGACUCUUUGAAAUGUGUGCGGCAUUCUGUUCUUUAUGGGCAUGAAAAUCGGGUUUCAUGUUUACGUACAAGCCCUGACGGUACAGCAAUUUGUACUGCUAGCUGGGAUUGUACAAUCAGAAUCUGGGCUUGA